AUGACCACGGAACACAACAGACCUGUCGGGGCGGACGAGCCAGCGGUCAAGAUUGAGCAGCAACUCAAGGUAUGCGUCGAUAGAUAUGUUGCCGAGAACCCAGGGUCCGGCCAGGUCAACAGGAGCGCGUCCGGGUCGCUGCCAGGCGGGACGACGAGAUCCGUUCUCUACUACCAACCCUUCCCGCUGGCCUUCUCGGGCGGCCACGGCUGCCAUCUGACAUCGGUAGACGGCCACGAGUAUCUCGACUUUGUGUCCGAGUACUGCGCCGGCAUGUUUGGCCACUCGCACCCGGACAUCAUCGCCGCCGUCGAGAGCGUCACGAAGUCGGGCUUCACGCUGGGCGGGCCGACCCCCAUGGAGGGCGAACUGGGGGGGUUGCUCGUCGAGCGGUUCCCCAGCGUCGACGCCAUCCGAUUCUGCAACUCGGGGACUGAGGCGAACACGAUGGCGAUAGCUACGGCUCUGCACUUUAACGGGCGGAAGAAGGUUCUGGUUUUCGAGAAUGGGUAUCAUGGCGGCACGCUUUCCUUCUCGCACGGGAACCCGCUCAUUCUGCCUCAUGAAUUCGUCUACGGUCGAUACAACGACGUCGAGUCCACUCGGCCCAAGAUCACGCAAGACGUCGGGGUCAUCAUCGUGGAGCCGAUGCAAGGCGCGGCCGGCAUGAUCGCAGGAGACGCCGGGUUCCUCCGGUUCCUCAGGGACGAGGCGACGCGGAUCGGCGCCGUCCUCGUCUUCGACGAGGUCAUCACGUCGAGGCUGCACUACGGCGGCCUGCAGGAGCACCUGGGCAUCACGCCCGACAUGACCACCAUCGGGAAGCACUUUGGCGGGGGCUUCUCGUUCGGCGCCUUCGGCGGCCGCGGGGAGAUCAUGGCGCUGUACGACCCGCAGUCGCCGCGCAGCCUCUUCCACUCGGGGACGUGGAACAACAACGUCUUCUCCAUGACGGCGGGCGUCGCGGCGACGAAGCUGCUGUCGAGGGCGGCCCUCGAGAGGAACAACGAGCUGGGCGACAGGCUCCGCCGGGGGCUCGCCGCGGCCUUCGAGUCCAGAGACGCGUCCCAGGUCGUCACGCUCACCGGCUUCGGGAGCGUCAUCGGCGUGCACUUCAACGGGCCGUCGGCCGACACGCUGCGGGACCUCUUCUUCUUCUACCUGCUCGGGAAGAGGAUAUACGUCGGCCGUCGCGGGUUCCUUGCCUUGAACCUCACGCACGGGGAAGAGCACAUCCGGCGUGUGCUCGAUGCUGUUGGAGAGUUCUGCGACGAGGUGUUGUGA